UCGACGCAGGGACAAUCACAAAACGAGUCCUCUCUGCCUUUAACGCUGCAACCCACUACUGUCCACCCCCUCUGUGGUAAUGAGCAAUGUGUGUCCCUUCAACCCAGUGGCCAACUGUACAAUGCCUCCGAAGAUAUUCGCCAGUUCGAUUACCUUUCAGACUCCUCGCUUAAGCCCUCUUCCACUUCCUCCUCUCUCAUCAUCAAUGAAUGGCAACAACGCAAUGCGGCCCUUUCUCCUGACCUGCAGUCAGAGGCGGAGCCAGAGGCGACGGCCGCGUCCGAGGGGGAUUCACAAUCCGGUGCUCCUAGCGGGGUGUCCUCCCCGUCCACACUUCUCUCGCUGGCCGCACGUGCACGAGGCUCAAACAUCAAUUCCCCUGAGACCCCAAGUAAGCGAGGCCUUACAUCGGCCGCCCUUCACGCAUUAAUGGCCAAAACCGUCCAGAGAGAUCGCCAAAGGGCUAAGGAACACAGGCACUCGGACUCCAGUGUCCCUGCUCCGUCAACUUCCUCGCCAAAUUCACUUCCUACUUCUCCCAGAUCCCCUAGUCUCUCUUCUAUGGCUCUGAAUUCACCCAAGGACCUAUCUUUUAGGGCGACUUCGCCACCUCCGCCCUGGGCUGCCGCUCUGGCCUCAAUCAGCGCCUCUAGGACUGCGGUGACCCCCAGUAGUCGGACUGUUCCUAAAAUUAGCAGCAUCACUCCUUGCCCCUCGACCUCAGUCUGUCCAAUACCAGUCAAAUUAUCCUCCAAUCGACGUGGCUUCGGUGAGAAGUUUGGAUUGUACAGGGCUGACUUCGCCAAAGAACCCUCUUUUCCAGCUGAGGCGUACGCACUAAAUGACCUAACGAUGAAGCCAUCGCGCACCUGA